AUGGUUGUUGGCAAAAGAGAAAUAUUUGAAACAACUCCAUAUAGGAAUAAUUGUCCAAUUAAUCUCGAAUUCAUGGACGAUCGAUAUUGUGUUGAGAAAAUCGUUCUUUACUAUUCAUAUAAUAUCUUUUGGGAAUAUCAAUGGAUGAUCCAAAAAAUUGAUAUUGAAGAAUUGUGCAAUAAUAAUCAAGAAUUGCUUGCAAAUGUUGAGUUUUGGUUACCUUUCAAAAUUGGAAUCUUGAAACUCAUUGUUGACAAAAAAUUGAAAGUGCUGGAAUAUAUUCCAAAAGAUGUCUUAUUGGAAUGGAAAGAAGUCAUUUUAAAUGCUCUCAAAAGUGAAAUCCCAUGUUCCUUUUGUAAUAUUCCCAAGAAUUUUCAAGAAAACAGAGACUGCUUAUUGGAAGCAUUAAGAAAUCGAAGGACAAACAUGAAAGACCCAGUAUUAGUUGAUAUUUUGGAAAAAUAUGCUGCUGAAAAAAAAGAUCGAGAGAUGAUUAUGAUGGCCAUUUCAAAAGAUGAAAGAUAUUUGAAACAUUUUUCAAAUGAUAGAGAUAUUAUAUUGGCCCUAAUUUCACAUUAUCACAAACACCUUAAACAUGAGACAUUUGAUUUCUGGUUGAAAGGUAUUUCUAAUUCUGUAAAAGAUUUUGGUUUCGUGUUGAAAUUUAUUUCUGAAGAUGGUAGAAAUGAUAGAGAUUUUAUGUUGAAAUUACUUCAAAACCCUCUUGAUUAUGUCUUUGAAAUUGCCUCUGAAAAAUUGAAGUUUUAUUUUGGAAUGUGUGAAAAAAAAAUCCUCCAGAACUGGAAAGAGAUUUAUGGGAAACAAAUGAUAGGAAUGAUAAUCCAAGACAUAUAA